CUUACUCUGUUUCUGGUUGGAUUAAAAUAACUCUUAUAUUAGAAUCACCCUGUCCAGUGAUACUAUAUUUCAAAAUCACCAAAGGCACGCUCACAAAACAGGAAAAUGCUUCAGCAGCCUUAAUGGGAUCCCCGUGGGCCUCUCACUGUCUAUUUCCAAGCACCUAUAAUGAAACACCGGCACAAUGAGCAUGCCCUUUAUCUACCCCUCAUUUAAUCAAUGUAUCUAUUCUUUGUUAAAAUUAAAAGGGGAAGUGACCGCACCCAAAUUUUAACUGCACACUUUUCCCCAGCAAAAAAGAACGGAAAAAGAGACUUUUACAGCCUCUCUCACACACAGCCUGCAGCCGGCUGGCACUUAAAUCAUUUCAGACAGUUUCUUACGUCACGGUUUCCAGCUGUAUGAGUGGGUCCCUACAACCCGGAUAUACACACCGCUGCUCGUCUUUAAGAGACGUCAACAGGUCUGCAAAUUCUCCAGGAAUAUCAACAAAAACACAGCUUUUCUUGGCCCACGGCGGGUCCACAAAUUUUUCACUGACCACAGCGGGUCCACAAAUGCAUAGAUGACAUCAUCACUGUACUACACCGCAGGCAAGUGGCUGUUCUCCAACCAUGAAGGUUCAAGUCUGUAAAAGUCAGGUCUGCACUGGCCUUCCAAAGUGUGGCUGCAUCUUCCUCUUCUUGGCUAUAUUUGUAUUCAUCUUGAUAAUAUAUAUCAUGGACAUUCUGGCGUUCUUGAAUAAAGCAAACACCAUCGUCAUCAUCCCAAGUGUUUCCCCGUUCACCCCACCUUCUGAGAUGCAUUACAACUGUAAAUUCCAACCAUUUUCUGGUACAGAUGCUCAUGAAGAACACCUCCUACUACAGUCCAUUGCUUGGCCUGAAACUCCACCAUUACCAUCACCUGUGUCCAUGAACAGAACCAGUGAUCCAGCACACAGCACCUUCACCAUUCUUCCAGGGAGAGAAGGGGAACAGUGGCAUAUUGGGGAUAAGCUGGAGGUUCUGAUCAAAAUUCAUGACUUCCAGGGCCAUCCAAAGAAUUGUGGGGGAGAUGUCUUACUCGCUCGUCUGCACAACCCAACUCUUCAUGCAGGUGUGGCAGGGCAAAUCGUGGAUCAUCUCAAUGGCUCCUACUCUGCUUUGUUCUUUUUACUCUGGGAAGGAAGUGCACAGGUUGAGGUGACACUGGUUCACCCCAGUGAGGCAGUCACAGAACUUCGCAGACUGAACAUAGAACAGCCCGACAGGAUGCGCUUCGUGAGCCAGUUCCGCUCAGGCUCAGUUACUGAAACUACCAAAUGUCACGUAUGCUUGCGUCCAACCCAGCAGCCUGUGUGCAACUACACUGACCUCCAAACAGGUGAGCCGUGGUUCUGCUACAAGCCAAAGAAUCUGAGUUGUGAUGCCAGGAUCCUCCACUUAAGGGCUGGAUAUCAGCAAAUCACAGCAAUGGACCAGCUCUUUCAGAGAGGUGUCAAUAUGAAAGUCUCCAUUCCAGCUUCAGGACCUGCCGGUGUCACUGUUUUGCCCAAGAAGAAAGAUAAUUCAGAGGAGAGCAGCAAUAGUGUUGGACCUGGACCCUCUGGCUAUUACUACCAGGGUGUGUGGAAAGCACUAGAUGACACCACAGUUCAUCAAUUCAACACUCCAUCAGCCAUCACUCAGUGUCUGAAAGGAAAGGUGGUUCACUUGUAUGGAGACUCCACCAUCAGGCAGUGGUUUGAAUACUUUAUUGCAACAGUACGAGAUCUCAAGGAGUUUAACUUGCAUAGUGAGAAGAAAGUUGGACCUUUUAUGGCUCUGAACUAUGAAAACAACAUCAUUGUGACUUACCGUGUGCACGGGCCUCCUCUCCAUUUUACCAAAGUGCCAACCAGCGAGUUGCGUUAUAUUGCCAACGAGUUAGACAGUGUGACUGGAGGUAGAAACACCGUUGUAGUUAUUGGCAUCUGGGCACACUUCUGCACUUUCCCCACUGAGAUCUACAUCCGACGGUUGCAGAGCAUUCGGAGGGCAGUGGUCUUGCUUCUGUCCAGGGCUCCAGAUACACUGGUUGUUAUUCGGACUGGAAACCCCAAAGCUUUGAAACUUCAUGAAGUACUAACUAACAGCGACUGGUACUCACUGCAGAGAGACAAAGUGCUCAGAGCCAUGUUUAAAGGACUGAAUGUCAAUCUGGUGGAUGCCUGGGAGAUGGUCUUAGCCCAUCACCUGCCACAUCAGCUCCACCCACAAUUCCCCAUUAUUAAGAACAUGAUUAACGUUCUCUUGUCCUACAUAUGCCCUCAAAAGGAUGGCUAGAUUAUUAACAGGCCAGCCACAGAUGAGACUGACUACAUUCUUUUUUUUAGUACUAAUUCUGGGUGGCAAAAACAGCAAUCAUGUUUUUUCAUCAUGAACAUGAUGGAGUGCAGCUAUAGAAAGGGUGGGGUGGGUAUAUACUCUGCAUCAUUGGGUUAUCAAGCAGUAUUCCAUGAUGUACCGAAACUCCAUGUCCAUGCCAACUCUCACACGUACAAACACACAUUUAUUUUUAAAUUCACUAAACAAAAAUAAUUAUUAAUUGUUAACCCUUUAAAGCCGGUCGGAGCGGGCACGCUCCGUUUUGCGUAACUAUUUUUAAAUCUCGGUAGCGCUGUAACCAUGUAAGCUAGCGCAAUAAUUUUUUUUUGCAUAUGAAACCGGAGGAGUUGUACUUACAUCUUAUGCCAUCAACUUGUCAUGGUUUCCUUCCACACAUGGCUUUGCAAAAAUUGCAUAAAAAGCACUUGCAGCAACAAAAACAUAAUAUUCCAGAAAAACGCUUUACCGAUCCAAUCAGCUGUUCAUAACACGUCCUACGUCCAUCAGUGCGAACUAUCGCAUGUCUGCCAUGACCUGCCCGAAACCGGAAGUGACAUGAUUUUGUGGAAAUGUAGGCUUUUGGGUUUUUUGGUUUUUUUUACCAUCGGGGCCUUAUAAGCUUAUACUGUUGUUUUUAAAAGUUAUGUUUGACUUUAUGACUUUCUGCGUCGUUUCUGUGAUGCUUAGGACUCAAAUUCCACUGCUGGAAAUAGUUUAUUUAUAUAUAUCCUGUUUUUUGGGAAAUUUGCAUUAUAAUAUUUAUUUUUGUUUUUCCUGCAGUAUAUGAAAAUUCAAAAAUAAAACUAUG